AUGGAUUCAAAUAUUAAUGAUUUUCCCAUUCAAAAUGCAAUAAAAGAAAAUAAUAUAAAUCUAGCAAAACAAUUAAUUUUAGAAAAUCCCAAAAAUUUAUAUAUAAAAGAUUUAGAUGAUAGAACUCCAUUGCAUUGGGCAGUUUCAAUCAAUAAUACCGAGCUAGUUAAAUUUAUAAUUGAUUUAAAACCCGAGGUCAAUAUUGAUGAAUAUGUAGAUUUAAGUGGUUGGUCACCAUUACAUAUAUCUUCAUCUUUAGGAAAUAUUGAAAUUUUAAAUUUAUUUAUGAAUAUGUCAAAUCCACCAGAUAUAAAUUCAAAAACUAAUUUAGGUAUAACUCCAUUACAUUUAUCUAUAUCGAAAAAUCAUUUAUCUUAUGUUCGUACAUUAAUAAAUGAAUAUGGAGCAAAUUAUAAAAUAAAAGAUAAAAAAGGAUAUACUCCAUUAAUUAGAGCUUCAUCAAUAGGUUCAAUACCAAUAGUGCAAGAACUACUUGCUCAAAAGAAUAUAUCAGUUAAUGCUACAGAUAAUGAUGGUUGGACAAGUUUACAUCAUGCAUUAGCUGAAGGUCAUGGUGAUUGUGCAGUAUAUUUAGUUGAAAAAGGAGGAGUAGAUUUUAAUUUAACAAAUAAUGAAGAUUUAAAACCUAUUCAAGUUAGUGUUGAUGAAAAAGUUGCAAAAUAUUUUAAAGAUCAUGUUGAUUAUAAAAUUAAAGAAAUUGAGUAA